UUAUCGAUUUUUUUUUCCAGAUGGCCCACUCCGUUGAUCGAAGCUUCUGCCCCUCGCGCUGUUCUGAGCGAGGGGUUUGUUUUGCUAGAGGGGCCGAUUACAUCUGUGUCUGUUACGACAUAGAUGUGUAUUCGCAAGAUUGUGGUAUUCCUGCUAUUGGCUCAUCUACGCUAGAGCCUCAUGUUUAUUAUCUGCUAUGGGCAGUGCUGAUUGCGGCUUUCGCGGUUGCGACGUUGACGUUAGCUGUAUCUAUUCGUCAAGUCGUCCGUGCAUGCCGCACUCGGCGCUGGAAGCCCGAGACGGUAAAACCGGUGAUUUCCGUCAUGGGUCGUAAUCCCUUGGGGCAGAAUCUUCGCCGUGGACUCACUGGGCACGCUCGAUGCUCACAAAAGAAACUACUGCGGAGCAAUGAGGACAACGCAACGUUGAAGAGGUGCGGUGGGUACGUGAAGAUCUUUACGGCGAAUGAGUGA